AUGGCAUCUCCUGCUUCAAUCUCGCUUCCCUCUGAUCCAUUCGCCUCAAAGCUUCUUCCUUUAUCAAGGAUCUCUGUUCCUGCGCAAAUUACACCGAAAAUUGAGCUAACCCAGUUUAUAUCUUUAAGGAGAAGUAAGUGUUCUAGUUUAAAGGCUUCGAUGGGGUCUCCAGGGUUUACCGAACAACUUAAUAACAGCAAGUUAGAGACUUUAGGUGAAGUUAAAGACGGUCGUGAUGAUAUAUUUAAUGAUCUGAAGGAUAGAUUUUUAAGUUUUAAGAAGGAUGUAUAUAUGAAAAACGCGGAACUGUCUGAAAGUCUUGCCAAGGUUCAAGUGCCAAAGUUCAUGGUUAUUGCCUGUGCAGAUUCCAGGGUAUGUCCCUCUAGUAUUUUGGGAUUUCAACCCGGAGAAGCAUUCACAAUCCGCAACAUUGCUAAUUUGGUUCCUACUUUUGAGAGUGGACCCACAGAAGUAAACGCUGCAUUAGAAUUUGCGGUAAACACGCUUCUGGUUGAGAACAUCUUAGUAAUUGGCCACAGCUGCUGUGGGGGCAUACGCGCCCUUAUGGGUAUGGAAGAUGAUGGCACUACAGGCUUUAUAAAAAGUUGGGUUGUUAAUGCAAAGAAUGCGAAAGUAAAAACCAAGGCUGUUGCUUCCAACCUCGACUUUGAUGGCCAGUGCAAACAUUGUGAGAAGGUAUCGAUUAACCAUACCUUAGUAAACCUACUUAGUUACCCCUGGAUUAAAGAAAAGGUGGAGAAAGAAGAACUCUCUAUUCAUGGUGGUUACUAUGACUUCACUGACUGUUCAUUUGAGAAAUGGACAUUGGACUAUCGGGGAACCGAACUUGAGGAAAAUGGAAGAAUUGCUACAAAAGAUAAAGUAUUUUGGUCUUGA